AUGUCGUCCAACGCUCCACAGGACGAACAGCACGGCAAGGCAUGGGAAAAGGCCGAGCGGAAGUUCUCACAUAAACCUGCGAGCGAGUAUUACGAUCCGUGUCAAGACUUUGCGGAUCGCAGUCUCAGGUGUAUGAAACGUAAUAAUUUUGAUCGCGAGAUGUGCGGUGACUACUUUCAAGCCUAUCGCGACUGCAAGAAGAACUGGGUAAGUGACAUUUUGAUUGAGCAGGCAUUGACUGGGCUACCGACCAAACUAUGA